CUUUUAUCUCUACAGCAUCUCUUUUUGUGCUAUCUUUCUCUCUCUUAAUCUUUCAAAAGCAAAAAUCGCUUUCACCAUGGCGGAUGCUAAAUCACCUCAAUAUUGUCAAGAUGUAUCCUGGAUCCCCCUGAGCUGCCGGUGGCCCAGUGUAAUUUUUAACCAACAUUUCGGCUUGCCUCCGUUAUUGGAGCCCCGAGACCUCAGCUGGAUGGAGGAUAUCUUCAGGAGGCUGGGAACGUCGUCCUGGCCUGGGUACGUGCGCUCGGCUUUUCUCGCCCCGCUGCUCCAGGCCCAGGGACCGGCCGUCUUCUCGAAGCCGCACCGGGAGUUGAGUGGAGGAGUGUCGGAAGUGGCCGCUGAGACGUGCAUGUGGAAAAUUAGUUUGGAUGUCAAUCACUUCGCUCCCGCAGAGAUCAGCGUUAAAAUACAACAUGGCUUUUUGGAAAUUGCAGGAAAGCAUGAGGAAAGACAAGACGGGCAUGGCUUCAUUGCUAGAAGUUUCACUAGAAAAUACAAUCUUCCAGGUGGCAUUGAAGUUGAAAACCUCCAGACAAGCCUGUCUGCUGAUGGCAUCCUUACAGUGCAAGCACCCUUUCCCAGCAUGCCCCUCCCUGCUGAUGUCAUUAUCCCCAUCCAGGUGGAGACGGGGGCGCAAACCAUCGCAGGAAAACAGCAAGACGGUGACAAGCCUCAAGACGGCAUUAAACCAGAAUCAUUUGAUGGAAAAACACCUGAAUCCUCAGUCUCAGCUGGGCAUCCAGAUUCUGGAAAGGUCACCGAAAGAGACCAGCAUACUGUAUCUGAUGUAGAUCCAUCCAGAGAAGCACAACCCCAGUCCAUCGCAGAAGCUGCAUCUGGUAUCUCUGUGUCUGAAAGAGAGCAGGUCGGUGAACCCAUAGAUGGCAGAGAGAAGGAUAAAGAAGCCAGAUUUCAGGAGACGGUUGAGGGCAUCCAGCGAGACGGAGAGUCUGCAGACAAGCCUCAGGCUCCUGCGACUCCAGACACCAUCACCUCCGAGCAAGCAGAGCAGGCAGAGGUCAUCCAGCUUGGGGAUCUGGAGGGGGAAGAAGGAUGUACAGGCCCCGCUGUGGUGAGAGAGGAGCAAUCAACCUUCGGGCAAAGCCAGAAGCUGUUCAACCCUCAACUGGUGCUCCAAAAGAAAAUUGAUGCAGGGAAAAUGUAGGCUCCCCUAAAAAAAGAGAAAAGCUAAAUCCCAAGCUCUAUCCUUAGGGUACGUCAUUAAUCUGGAUACAUGUGAAAAUGGCAUUUCGCUGUUUGUGCACGCUGGCAUUUUCAAACUAUUCCCAAAAGUUUCUCAUCACCAUAGAAAUGCAUUGUUUUUUUAUGCAAAAGCAUAAGAUGGAUGUGUUUGACCAAUAGAAUAUCAUAACUAUUUUAGAACUAUGAUGACAGAAAUUAAUUUGUGCAUUUUUAUAAAACCUGCACACACUACAGUGAGCAGUUGUGUUUACUGGCAUGGAUGAGGCAGGCAUUCAUGCUUGUUUUUUCUAAAAAUUCAUAGUAAUAGCUUUUUUAGGCUUAUUUAAUCACGCUCUUGCAUCUUUUGCAGUCAUUCAUGCUCUGAAAACAUGCAGCUCAAGUUAAAAGUCCAACUUCUAAAAUAAUACAUCUCUUGAAUUCAUAUUUUUUUUCUUUAUUUGACUUAUUUUAACUUGGGCACUUAUUAUUUUUUUUUUAUGUAUGACUACAUUUUCUGUCAUCUAGCUUUGCAGGAUGUUAUAUAAAGACUGUUUAAGUUUCUCUUUUCUUUAUCAACAUUGUGAAAAAGACAAUCAAGCAUGCGUACAUUAUGCAUCAUACAGUUUUUAUAUGCACUACCGGUCAAAAGUUUGGGGUCAGUAGGAUUUUUAAAUGUUUUAAAAUAAGCUUCUCCUGCUCACCAAGGCUUUAUUUAUUUAAUCACAAAUACAGCACCAAUUGUAAAAUUGUGAAAUGUUAUUGCACUAUAAAAUAACUGUUUAAAAGUAGUUUAUUAUUUAAUUUAAUCAUUUAUUCCAGUGAUUUUAAUGAUGAAUUUUCAGCUUCAUUACUCUAGUCUUGAUCCUUUAGCAAUCACUCUAAUAUAAUUGUAUUAUUAUUAUUAUUAUUAUUAUUAUUAUUAUUAUUAUUAUUAUUAUUAUUAUUAUUAUUAAUUUUAAUAGUAAUAAAAGCAAUAAUGACUAGAGUAAUAAUCCUGUAGUAAUUAUUGGAGUAAUAAAUAAAUAUUUAACAAUUAAAAAAAAAUUACAUUUAAUAAAUGUCGCCUUGAUGAACAGAAUAAUUUUCUUUAAAAAAAAACUGAAAAAAACUGACCGCAAACUUUUGAUCGGUAGUGUAUCUCAGUUUUAUAAUAUUAACAUGGCAUUUUAGUCUUAAACUUUUGUUUUCACAGAACUAAAACACACUGUAAAAAGUGAUUAGCUGCUUUAAUUGACAAUUGUGUAAACCUGAUGUCUUAAAAGUGACAAGUUGACUUUACUUGGAACUGUUACAUUGACCUAAUUUUGAUAAUUAUGCACCUAUUUAUAUAUAUGCACAAUUUUAAGGCAAUGGGUUUACCACCUGCUUCGAAUGUUAUAAUUUGAUUGAAUGGGCAUUAUCAGUGGUUAUCAGCUGAUAGAUAUGGACCUUCUGCACCUACUGGAAGGCUGUUAUCAUUCAUCCACAUGGUUAAUCAGCUAUACUAUUACACUCUCAGAAAUAAAGGUACGCGAGCUGUCACUGGGGUGGUACCUUUUCAAAAGGUACACAUUUGUACUUAAACUGUCCACAUUGACAUCUAAAAAGUAUAUAUUAGUCCCUAAAAAUGUUAAGAGGAACACUUUUGUAUUUUUUAAGUACUUAUAUGUACCUUUGAGGUAUUAAUAUGGACCUUUUAGGUACAAAUUGGUACCUUUUAAAAAGGUAUCACCCAAGGGACAGCUUGUGUGUCUUUAUUUCUGAGAGUGUAGAGAAGACUCCAGAUCCAGAUCUGUUUUUACAUUACUGUGACGGCUGGGUUUAGUGUUGGGGUAGAUGUUAAUAAAAUACAAUUAAUUGGAAAUUUGGAAAAUAAUAUAAAUAAUUAACUUUCCAUAUGUGAUCUAUAGCUGAUUAACCAUGUGGAUGGAUCAUAAUCGCCAAUCAGUAGGCGCAGAAAACCCCUACCAGCCUAUAUCUAUCAGCUGAUAACGCCCAUUUAAUCGAGUAAUAACAUUCAAAUCUGCUGGGUUUGCUCACUUUUUGAAAGUAAGGUCAAAUAAUCAUGAUAUAUAUGCACUUUCAAUUGUAUCCAGAUUAAACAUGCCUUAAUUCCCAUUUAUGUUUUUUGAGUUUACUGUAACACGCACCCUCUUAGCACUAAUAAAGACCUGAGCAAGACUG